AACUUGGUCUCCUGUGAUUGGUCAGCUGCGCCGCGCAUGCGCACUCCAGAGCUCCGACUUGCUGAAGGGAAGGGAAGCCGGUUUGUUUUGCAUUCCUCCUCUCGGAGCGGCUGCAGCCAUGAGCGGUUGGCCGGGGCUGAGGACCGACUGCGAGGCGCUGCUCGGGCGCUUCCAGGAGGCCGAGACCGUCCGCUUCGAGGAAUUCGCCGCCUUGUGGAGGCAGCAGCGCUUCCACACUGUGUUCUAUGGUAAAAUAAGGACUCCGGAGCAGAUUAAAUUCACCAAAGAGGCUUUAGCUCUGGUGUGGCCGUACUUCUUGCCUCCGUACACUUUCCAGAUUCGAGUUGGGGCCCUCUAUCUUCUGUAUGGAUUGUACAACACACAGUUGUGUAAACCAAAGCAGAAGAUCAGGGUUGCUCUCAAGGAUUGGGCAGAAGUCAUUAAAUUCCAGCAGGAACUGUUAGAUGCACAACAUUAUGAUGCUGCUUAUGUCUUCAGGAAACUUCGCACGGACAAAGCAUUCUAUUUCACGGCAAUGCCAAAAUUGCUUUCAUUUAGGACAAAAAAGAACAUGCAUGAUAAAACUGAGAUGAAGAGUAAAUUUAGGGAUCCAACUGAUCGAGUUGCCAUGGUUAACCCAGAGGAGUUCUUAGAGGAAACAAAGAAUGUUCAUGAACACUAUCAACAAAUGAAGUGCCUUAUCUCCAGAGACCAAUCUCAACCAGACAGGGCUAUUAAUUUAAUAAAAGAUGACUUCCCAACCAAUUUCAUGAACAUAUUUUUAGAAUAUGAGCAGUGGCAGAAGAAUAAGAUGGAGUCAUUCUUGGCUACUACAGUUGAAGAAGGGACAGCUAAAAGAGGACAUUCUUCACAAGAGUCGGAAGGAUCUGAAAGAGCCAGAGCAUUAGCUGACAUCAAAUCGAGAUCAUACUCUACAGUUGCUUCAGCUUCCAAGUCAAGACGACAUCGUCAAGUUAAGCUAGAGUCUUCUGAAUCGGGAUCAGAUCAUGGGAAAAAGACAUCACCUAGAGCUAAAAAAGUUGGACAGAAGUUACAACCAAGAAGGAAAAAUGAAACUCUGAAAACUAGAGCCAUGUUGCAGCCUACAGGGGAGCAAAGUAUCAUGAGUCUGAGCAUGCCUACGAUAGCAGAGGAUGAUGCUGAAGAAGAAGAAGAAGAAGAAAUUGACCAGUACUCUGAUGAGGUGGCAGCUGCUGGAUCUGAGUUCUGGUUUCCUAGACCUUUGACUGCCUUUGAAUCCUUAACCUUGGACCAGACACCUUGACCAACCCUCUGACCUCGGACUGGACAGAUUUUAUACCCACUAAGAUGAAGAGGACUUGUUAAGAUUCCAUCCAGAUGGAAAACAUCAUGUGUGAAUUGGCUUAGUGUGAAUGAAAUGGGAUUUCAGCUGGAGAGCAGGUGGCUUAGGACAACACUGUAAACUGCAUUCCUUUAAAAAACUCACCAAGGCAUAUCAGUUAAGAGUUUAUAUUUGAGGAAAUAAUAUUGUAUAUUUGAUGCAACAUAGUUUUGAAUGUUGCAGAGAGAAUUUCAUCAUUCUGUGCCAACAUAAAUACGUACACAUAGAAAUGGCUUUGUAAUGUUUACUGUAUGUAAAAUUGGAACAACUUAUUCAUAUUCAAUAUUUGGUUAAAAACAUCUUGUUUUAAAAAAUAUUUUAACCAUGUUAAUCAAAGGGAAGAAUGCUUUUACUGCUCCUGAUGCUUGUAUAAGUGAUUAUGUAAAAUAGGUAUGUUAAUUAAAUUAUUUUUAUGUAAUUUUCGUUGUGCCCAAGUCAUUUUUGCUUCCAUAGCUAUAUAGAAUCAUAGAGACCACAAGGGCUUAUCCAGUCCAGCCCCCUUCUGCCAUGCAGGAAUACACAGUCAAAGUAUUCCCAACGUGUUCAGCCUGUUGUCCACCAAGUCUCCUAGAAUACUUCUGCAUGUACUGCCAUCAAGCCAGGUGUCCCCCAUUCUAUAUCUGUUCAUUUCAUUUUUACUGCCGAACUAUGAUAUCCUCAUGUCUCCCUGUUAACAUUCAUUUUGUUAGUUUUGGCCCA